CUCCUCCUCUCUCUGGGUUAUUUUGGGAUGUUCUUAUCACAGCUGUUGUCUCUUUGGAGGCAGCGAGUCUUCAGACCCUCGACUCUCUUUUUCACCCCGACCCUCACUCGUGUUUACAGUAAUGGAGGCUUGUCUCGCCCCUGGGUGUCCGGACCUGGACCUGACGGAGGACCUGGCUCAGCAGCUUGAGGACAUAAUCAGCACCUACCAGGAGGAGGAGUCGCCCCCUGACCAAAACCAGGAGGAGGGAGAGGAGGUCCCGCCCACAAAAGAGACCCCCGGGUCCCGAAAAGAACAGAAACUGGAGAAAAAGAUGCUGAAAAACCUCGGGAAGGAAGCCAUGCUGCUGAUGCAGAGUCUGAACAAACUGAACACUCCUGAGCAGAAGCUGGAGGCCAUCAUCAAGAAGCACGCUGAGCUGCUCGAGGAGCACCGGGGGGAGCAGAAGCAGCUGAAGAUGCUGCAGAAGAAGCUCCUGCAGGUGAUGAAGGACAAAGACCAGCUGCAGAGCGAACACAGUCGGGCGGUUCUGGCUCGCAGCAAACUGGAGGGACUCUGCCGAGAACUGCAGAGACACAACAAGACCCUGAAGGAGGAGACGCUGCAGCGCUGCCGGGAGGACGACCUGAAGAGGAAGGAGAUCACGACGCACUUCCAGGGAACGCUGGGCGAGAUCCAGGCGCAGAUCGAGGAGCACAGCGGCAGGAACACCAAACUCUGCGAGGAGAACGGCUCGCUGGCCGAGAAACUGAAAGGCCUCAUCACUCAGUACGACCAGCGGGAGGCGAACCUGGAGAAGGUUUUCAAACACAGAGACCUGAAGCAGAAGCUGGUGGAGACGAAGCUGACGCAGAGCUACGCGAUCCUGAAGGAGACGGAGGACAAGCACAAGCUGGAGAGAGAGCUC